UCCGGCCCAGCCUAGAACAGCUCCGCGGAUUCCCAGCUCUCAGUGGAAGGCUGCUAAGUGCGACCACCGACAGUGUCCCUCCCUCAUACACUGCGCAGGUGCUGUACCCUCAGCGACUGAUCUCCCAGCCCGAAGGACCCGUCGCCGAGGAGCGGUUCCCCGAGAUGAACGUACUGCUGCCGGUGCUGGGAGCGCUGCAGCAUCGUCACCUUCUACUCCAGGCGAAGCGUUCUGGCUACGAGUACCAGCUGGACGAGGUGAAGCUGCAGCGGUUUCCCUUCCCUGCGUACUUCGAGUACAAGGACACCAAGAACUACGCCCUGGUGCUCACUCGCUUCUGUAUCGGCAUGCUGGUGCCCUUCUCCCUGUUCGUCGCCCUUCUCGUCGACGAGAAAGCGAGCGGCAUGAAGGAGAUGCACCGGUUGAUGGGGUUGAGUGACUGGGUGUACUGGGUGAGCCAUUACCUGAGUGGCUUCUUCAUGCACCUCAUCACCGUCACCCUGAUGAUGCUGUUCAUAAGCGUCAAGCGGAACGACGAGGGCCGUGCCUUCAUCCAGUUCAGCGACCCCUCCCUGCUGUUCACCAUCCUCCUGUGCUUCUGCAGCAACUGCCAGAUGCACGCUAUAUUCCUGUCCAUGUUCUUCGGCAGCGCCCAGUACGCCGUGGCAGGCGCCAUGAUCUAUUGGACCUUCAGCUGCGUGAUGCCCUUCCUGACGCUGGAGCAAGCGGACGGCGAGGGCUACUACUACAUACAGCGCAAUCACAAGCUGUGGACUUCCGUCUUUCCCGGCAUGAGCCUCCACUGGAGCUUCCGAGUCCUGGAACGGUUCGAGAAGUUCGUCCCUGACGGUGCGAACUGGAGCAACUUCUAUGACCGCGCAGCCACACCCGACAACAUAACCUUGGCCGAGAUCCUUUUCGUGGGAUUCCUCUGCGACUGCACCAUAGUCGUCUUGGUGUGGUACCUGGACAACGUGCUACCCGUCGGACCGGGCGUCACCAAGUCCUACUUUUUCCCGUUCAAAAAGAAGUACUGGAUUCCGAGCAUCUCGUUCAUAGAGGCGGUACCCAAGACCGCUGGAGAGAUGCAGAACUUCGAGGACGAGCCCAGGGACCACCAGCCAGCCAUCGAGACUUUCAAUCUGAGCAAGGACUACGAUGGCGUGGUGGCGGUCCAGGAUGCCAACUUGCGCGUUUUCGAGAACCAGAUCACCGUGCUUCUCGGCCACAACGGCGCCGGGAAGACGACGCUUCUCAAUAUGAUUACAGGUUUUGUGGACUGCUCAUCCGGCACGGUGCUCGUGGGCGGCUACGACCUAAAGAUGUGCACCAGAGACGCGCGCGAUAGCAUCGGAUACUGCGCUCAGUACAACAUUCUCAUCGACGACCUGACCGUCGAAGAGCACCUCAUGUAUUUCGCGAUUAUCAAAGGCAUCCCGUUCGCCAGGACGCGAGUCGUAACGUUCGGCCUCCUGUGCGACGUCGGGCUGUGUGACUACCGCACGGUGGUCGCUUCAAACCUCGCUCCGGGGCUGCAGCGACGACUCUGCACAGCCAUAGCGAUCAUAGCGACGCCCAAGGUGAUCAUCAUGGACGAGCCGACGUCCAACAUGGACCCGGACGGUCGCCGCGAGAUGUGGGAGCUGCUUCUGAAGAUUCGCCGUAACUGCUCCAUCUUCCUCACCACUCAGCAGCUGGACGAAGCUGACGUGCUAGGGGACCGCGUUAUCAUCAUGGCCAACGGAAAAAUCAGGUGUGGGGGCUCCCCGUCAUUCCUGAAACAGCGCUUCGGUACCGGGUACCACAUGAAGGUCCAAAAGCUUCCAAGUUGCAACGUGGCAGGCAUUCAGGAUCUGCUGCGCCAAUACGCGCCCAAAGCCCGUCUGGAGAGCAACUCGGACAACGAGGCCGUCUUCAUCCUGGGACAAAUCAUUUCAUCACGCAAGACCGUCUCCAUGUUUAUGGACAUCGAACAGCGCAGCGCGGAUCUGGGCAUAGCGUCGGUGGGCCUCGCCGUGACCUCCCUGGAGGACGUGCUAGUGAGAGUGGGCGAAGACCAGCACGUUCACGGAAAGACCGCGACCAUGGCCGACGAGGAUAUUCCGUCGGUCGACGCCAAGAUGCCCAUGGUGAAGACGAUGGCGAGCGUGACAGCCAGCGAGCCUUCCCUGUGCGGCCGCGUCUGGGCCGUGGUUCUGAAGAGGGCCACGUACGUGUGGCGCCAGAAGAAGAUCCCGCUGUUCAGCUGGCUGCUUCCGCCACUGUUCCUCUCGCUCCUCUUCUUCCUCGAGUACGUCAGCCUGCGCGGCAGCGGACAGGACGUGGAGCACGUCGGCAACACCGUCCGCUACACCUUCCACGAACUGAUCGGACACACGCAGGGAUUUAUCACUGUGGAUAGGGACGCGCAAUUCUUGGAGACGUGGUUCCUGCCGCUGAUCUCUAAUCCGGAACAGUUCUACGUGGUGGAGUUGAGCCCGGACGCUGACAUCACCGCGUCUCUGCUCAGCGUGGCGAAGGAUACGCUGCGCAAAUAUGUCUUCAACAUCCACUUCGGUGUGCAGAUGACCAAGAAAGAUGGGAAUGCUCUCUGGUACAACGGCCAGAUACAGCACUUGGCGCCUCUCGUGCUGGGUCUGUACAACACAGCUCGAUUGCGCAACGUCACGAAAGACGACUCGGCAGACUUCAUCUUCGAGGUGACGUCACGCGGCGUGAAAGACGCGCAGGUGGCGCAGCGCGACACUCCCGGCAUGCUCGACCACGCCAGCGGUGGCAGCCAGUACCGCGUGGUGCUGCCCAAGGUGUUGCGGUCGAUCUUCUUUCCGCUCGUGUCGAGCCUGAUGUGCAGCAACUUUGUCAUCUUCCCGACUGCCGAGAGGGCACUUGGGGUCAAGCAGCUGCACCUGAUCGCCGGCAUGAGCACGUUUCUGUACUGGGUCACGAACUUCGCCUUCGAUUUUAUGUUCUACAUGGGGACUGCCAUGAUUGUGCUGCUCCCACUGCAACUCGUUCCGUACACGACGCUGGACAUCGACGACUACAAGCUGAUAUUCGUGCUGAACCUGCUCCACGGUUACGCUGCCCUCCCGUUCAUCUACAUCUGCUCCUUCGUGUACACGGACCCGGCCUCGGGCUACUCGACGCUCGUUAUUGUCAUGUUCCUCAUAACGUCCGCCGGUUGCCUGGGCUCGGUGUUCAUGGAGCACUACUUCGAGGACGUCAGCGGCGCCGGUCUCGCCACGGUGAUCGAGGUGGCUCUGAAUCUGCUGCGGCUGCUGCCCUCCUUCUCGUACUCGCGCGGCAUGAUGAAGAUCAUCCAGCUGGCCAGGGAGAACGCCAUCUGUCGACACGGAGGCCUGCAAUUCGAGAGCCGCUGCCAGACCAAGGAGAUCAAGGGCAGACUGUCCCUGAUGCAGUGCUGCAUGCACAAGGACUCUCCGGACCCCUCCGAGUACAUGAUCCAUCCGCUCGACGUGAACACGUAUUCGGCCUUCUACGAGUUCGUCACUCUCUCGGUGGAAGGCCUAGCGCUGUUCGUGCUCCUGCUGUGCCUCGAGUCGUGCAUGCGCAAACAGGACCGGGCCUUGAGUGCGCUGGACUCCUCCGCCUACAAGGAGGGCGCCGUGCCUUCACAGCGACCCGCCGGUGCCGUGGCCAAGAAUUUGGCUGUGGAGGGGAAAAAGGACGAAGACACGGACGUGGCGCUGGAGAAUCAGCUGGUGAAGAACCUCAUGAACUCUCAGGCGCCGGUCACCGCCUCGCGGCCAUUCAUGAUAGUGAAUCGGCUCUUCAAGGCCUACGGCUACGUUGAGUGCAAUCCCGUGCUCCAGGGACUGACCUUCACGGUGCGCAGUGGCGAGUGCUUCGGCUUGCUCGGCGUAAACGGUGCGGGAAAGACGACCACCUUCCGCCUGCUCACGGGCGAGAUUCUUCCCAACUACGGGGACGCCAUCAUCGCCAACUUCUCCAUCGUCCGCGACAGGCGGAGCUGUUGGCGCUACAUGGGCUAUUGCCCGCAACGGGACGGUCUCCUGGACAUGCUGACGGGCGUCGAGACGGUGCUGCUCUACGGGCGCCUCCGAGGCAUUCCCAUUACGAAGGACUACCUCACAGUGCUGCUCAACAUCUUCCGCCUGCAGGAGAUUGCCGACUACCUCGUCGGCACGUACAGCGCUGGCAACCGUCGAAAGCUCUCCAUGUGCAUCUCGAUGAUGGGCCUGCCCCGCAUUGUGCUACUGGACGAGCCGUACGCGGAAAUCUCCACGAGCGCGCGCAGGCGCAUCGUGAACUACGUCACCGCGCUCCAGAAAGUCAGCAAGAUGGCCAUACUCCUCAGCUCGCACAGCCUCGCGGACGUCGAGUUCCUGUGUAACAGGAUCGCCAUCAUGGACGCCGGGAAGCUACAGUGCCUGGGCAGUCUGGGUCAGCUCAAGGAGAAGUUCGGCAAAGGGUACACCAUCACCAUCAAGACGUACCCCGACAAGAAGCUGGACUUCUCCUACCAGCAGGCUGUCACCAGCGACGUCUGCAAGGCUUUUCGGGAAGCCGAGGUGGUGUACUGUUACGAGGGCCUGCUGGAGUUCCGGAUGGUGCGGGUCAACAUGCUGUGGAGCGACAUGUUCAUGCGCAUGUCGCGCAUCAAGCACCGCCACAAGCUUGAGAACUUCUACAUUUCGGACACGUCGCUCGAGCAGAUCUUCAAGAGCGUGACGCGCAAGGAGGCCGUCGAGGCUGCGGCCGCCGCCGUGGCGGCCUCUUACCAGCCGCCCGGCAUAACGCCUCAAGUCUUGGCAUCCGCGAUGGGACUGUGACGCCCGCGGCCUGACCUACUGCGGGGUCGACCAUGCGGCCGCAAUGCAAAAGCGGUGACGCCCAAGGCCCCUUCUCUGCACACUUAUAAAAUGGAGAUGAUACAAGGCCAUCACUCUGGCGUAAUUUAUUCAUUACUAUUAGUCUUACCUUUUCCGCCUGUGCAAACGUCAAGAGCAUUUGGUCUA